GCAUUGGAAUACAAGUUGGGGUGUGAUCUCUUAGCAACGUUACUGAGUUAUACGGGAGUCAAUAGUCUAGUUUUUGAUCAGAUUUAGCUCCAAAAUCGCCCACGUUAUUUUUGAAUGUUUUCUUUACAACAAAAAGAAAAGUAUCAUUCUUUCUUUCUCGUACAAUUUCAAGAUUUUAGCAAGAUAGCUUGAUGAGACUUUUAACCACCGUCUUUUGUUAAGUAUUAUCAUUAUAAUCGAAGACAUGUUAGUUUUGCUCUCUUUAGGACACUCACAAAGACAUGGAGUGGAUAGGUAUCUUGAGACAGAAUGAAUUAAUGGCGUCCAUUAAUGUUUGACACAUGAUUACGUCUGAAGGUAAUGUGGUAUUGGGAAAGUGUCAAUGGCAGCUCCAUCCAAUAGCCUUGGCUUUCAUGAUUUAAAAGCCCAUUAUUAAUGAUAGUCUUGGACCAGUAUCAUAAGACCUUUGAACAAAAGUAGUUGCUAAAAUUAUUAUCAUCUGUUAACCACGUUACUUUUCUUUGUUUAAAUUGGCACAUGCCUAGGGACAUCUUAAUCCGGGUUGAGCGCUUAAGUUGUUUGCUCUAUCAAUUUGCUGCAGAGGGUGAAUUUCCGCAUCGCGAAAGGCAAAUAUUUGGGACAGUGGAUUUGAUCAGUGUGGCUCUUAAUCUUGAUUCUCAGUUACCAAUGGAUAAUCAACCACUUAAUAAGAUGAUUGCAAGUGGUCUCCUGGAAUGAUGAUUCUGAAGAUUUUCGACAAAGUACGUCAAAUCUGGGCUCUAAACCGUUUAGGCAUGGGUUUGCAUCAACCCUCAAUCCGGUAUUGGGAGACCAAUUCAAUGAACGGUUUAAUUCAAAUCCGGCAAGGCCGCGAGAUCUGGCGGAGGAUAUUUUGGACCAUCCUGUGGGUGGCCGGUACCAUGGCAACCCUGUUUUCUGUGUACGAGACCUGUCAAGAAUUCUUUUCUUAUCCGGUGAUAACUUCCACAGAGGUGGAAAACAGCCAUGCGGUUGACUUUCCCUCCUUAGGGAUUUGCAACCUAAAUCAAGUAGAUUGCAGUAACCUGGCUCUAGAUAUUGAGGCCCCUGAGCAUAACACUAUAAUGGUGGACAAGUUGUGCCGUUUAUUUCUCCUUGGUCAGUGUCAAUACUCUUACGUGAUGAACUUUGCGCCUGGCCAAUCAGCCUUGCCGCAACCCUGUAAAGCCAUAGAAGAAGAUUUCCUGCAAUCAAAUAGAUCUUUGACAAGCACUAAGCACCAAUUCACGGACUUGUUUCUUACGUUACCUCUGGACGUUCGCUUAAGAAUCGGACACGGAAAUCUGGAUAAGCAUAUCUUGUCUUGCCGCAUAAACAAUGAGGAGUGUGACCAAUCGUACUUUACUGUAACAAACCAAUUCCAGUACGGCAAUUGUUUUAUGUUCAAUUGGAACGGCAUAGUGAGAGUGGAUCAACCCGGACCGGAUUUUGGAUUAACUAUCGACCUUUUUACGGAAUCAACGUCAUAUCUACUUGGUGGAUUGAGUCCCAGUGUUGGAUACAGGGUGGCCAUCAAAAAACCCUUUUACCCAAUUUUGCCCUUGGAAGAGGGUUUCUUUGUUCGACCAGGAACUGAACUCUCUGUGGGCUUGUCUAGAGGCAGAAUUACCCGCAAGGAGAGUCCUUACCCCUCAAAUUGUCGUUCCAAGUGGUUAGAGGAUGCAGGAACAAUGGAAAGGGACAUGUUCAACGAGCAGGACAUAGAGUUUUUAAAUCGAACUCAAGUGCAAUACUCUCAGACCGCGUGCAGAAGAAGUUGCUUAUUCAAGAUGUCUUUUAAGACAUGCCGGUGCUUUUUCUCAGCCUGGAACGAUCGAGGAGAUCUUGUUAUGGAACCUGGAACCAGCUUUUGCUCCCUGGGCAAUCAGACCCAAAUGGAAUGUAUUGCCAAUAGCCUAAAGAAUCUAAACGUUGACGAGCUGUGCGCCAAUUGUCGAUUGUCUUGUUCCAAUCUAGAUUACGCUGAAGAUUUUUCCUCUGCCAAUUUCCCCUCUGAUCAAUUUUGGUUUCCAUAUGUUCAGAACUUCCUUCCGCGAUGGAUGGACAACUACAAUAUAAAGAUUGACGGCGCCCAAAGCUCCCAAGAGAAACAAUGGAUUCGCGACGAAUUUCAAUCCCUGGUACAAAAAGAGGUUCUCAGACUUCAUGUCUACUUCAAAAAUUUUCAAAUGAUCUCAAUCAAUGAGGAGGCAAAAGUGACAGAGCGCCAAUUUAUCAACAACUUGGGAGGAUCUUUGUCUUUGUGGUUGGGUAUCUCGUUCGUGACUCUUUUAGAACUCGUGGAAUGGUGGGCUGAUCUUCUAUUAGCCAGCUUUCGAAAGAAGGAUAAAUGAGAAUAUGGAGAAUAUGAUCUAACAUAUAUUAUAUUUGUCAUCAAUUGCCUGAAUUGUCAGUGCUCGGAAUAAAAUUGAUACGCGUAUAAUGAAGAGGUU